AUGACCAGCGCCAAGAAGGUGGACGACGCUAAGAAAGCGCAGCUCACGUUCACGGACUCCGAUGUCUCUAUUGGGCACAUCGAGAGGACUGGCGACGAGCAAAGUGUUGCCUAUCUCGUCAACAACCCGCAAGCGCUAGCGCAGGCCUACGCUACCGCCGGUAAUGCAUCCGUGCUACACAACAAGAACGUACUCUUGUGUGCGAUCACCGCAGCCUUCGGUGGGCUUACCUUUGGCUACGACCAGGGUAUGAUCAGCGUCACCCUCGUCAUGCAGCCUUUCCUUCAGACCGUGCCCGAGAUCGCAGAAGGGUACCCCCGCGCGGGCUUCAACAAGGGUUUGCUCACUGCAAUCCUCGAGCUCGGGGCUAUGAUCGGUGCCGCACAAACUGGCUUCAUCGCGGAUCGCUUCUCACGUAAGCGGGCGCUGACCCUCGGGGCCUUGUGGUUCAUCGUAGGCUCGAUUAUCCAGACCGCGACGUACUCGUAUGCGCAACUGGUUGUCGGCAGGUUCCUCGGUGGCGUUGGCAUCGGACUCUUGAGCUCUGCCGCUCCGCUCUACAUCUCGGAGAUUGCGCCACCCCACAUCCGCGGCGGUUUACUAGCCUUAGAAGAGCUGAUGAUUGUCUUUGGCAUCAUCAUUGCGUACUGGUUCACCUUCGGCACGCGCUACAUCGACUCUGAUAUCUCCUGGCGCCUACCCUUCGGUCUGCAGAUCGUCCCGGGCCUCAUCCUCUUCGCCGGUCUCUACUUCCUCCCAUACUCUCCCCGAUGGCUCGGUAUGCAAGGCCGCGACGAUGAGUGCCUCCGCACCAUCGCCCAGCUGCGCAACUUACCUGUCGACGACUAUCGAGUACAGGCGGAGUACAUCAGCAUCAUCACCGACAACCAGGUCACGCAGGAGGCUGCUGCUCGCCGGCAUCCCGCGCUCUUCCCCGAUGCAUCGCAGAAGGGCGAGGGCGUGACGUCCACCAAGCGGAGCUUGUUGACCGACCUCAAGCUUGAGGUCGUUGGUUGGCGGGAUGCCUUCAGCAAGCGGUACAUCAAGCGCACACACGUCGCCUGCGGCAUCGCCUUCUUCCAGCAGUUUCUCGGUAUCAACGCGUUGAUCUACUACUCCCCCAGCCUCUUCACCUCCCUCGGCCUGACCCUCGACACAUCAUUGCUGAUGUCCGGCGUCAUGAACGUCCUCCAGCUCGUCGGCUGCCUCCCCGCCACCCUCGCCCUCGACAAGCUCGGCCGGCGCACCAUGCUCCUCUGGGGCGCCGCCAUCUGCCUCGCCGCCCACGUCAUCAUCGCCUCCAUCGUCGGCGCCUUCUACACCAACUGGCCCGCGCACGCCGCCGGGGGCUGGGCCGGCGUCUCCUUCAUCUUCGUCUACAUGCUCGCCUUCGGCGGCACCUGGGGCCCCAUCGCCUGGGCGGUCCCCUCGGAGAUCUACCCGACGUCGAUCCGCGCGAAGGGCGCUGCUGUGGGCGCGGCGGCGAUCUGGUUCUGCAACUUCUUGGUCGGGCUGAUCACUCCGCCGUUGAACGAUGCGGCGCCGUACGGGGCGUUCGCGUUCUACGCGGGCAUGACCUUCUUCGGCUUAAUCUGGACUUUCCUGUGCGUACCCGAGACCAAGGGCCGCUCCCUCGAGGACAUGGACGCCGUCUUCGGCGACAAGGCCGGUAGCGAGGAGGUCCAGGACCGCAAGCGCAUCACCCAGUCGCUCCUCGACGCACACAAGCUCGCUAGCAGGGACUCCUUGCCGUCGCCGUAA